UUUUGUCUAUUUUUUGGGGCCACUGUGUGAUUGAGGAAAGCGCAAUGCCACGUUUGCUACUGUUGGUGUAAAUGACACUCAACACAACAGCGUGACCUUCAGCGCGUGAGAAACUCAAGCGCCGCUGCACGUUUUGACCCUUUCGGCUUGCCAUACCGGCUGCACGCCUAGCACUGCAUGCAAACCAAUGAGAGUGCAGGAAUUGUCUGUUUUCCCCUAAUGCGUGUGCCAUCUUUCCGCUCCGUGCAUGCAUCUCUCUCCCUGAGCAGCUGAUUGUGUUGUGCAUGCAUUAGGAGCCGGAUUGCACACAUGCAUGGCCGUCAUCCGGGUUGCAUUCGUGCCGCAGACGCCAGAGAGGGAGAGAGAGCCUCUAACAUCACGGUAAAUCAAAGGUGAAGCCAGGACGGAGAGGAAAAAAGCAUGGCGUCCGCGUUCGGCUCCAGGACCCUGAGUAAAGAUGAUGUGAACUACAGGAUGCAUUUCCGCAUGAUCAACGAGCAGCAGGUGGAGGACAUCACCAUCGACUUCUUCUACAAGCCUCACACCAUCAGCCUGCUCACAUGCACCGUGCUCAGCCUCAUGUACUUCGCGUUUACGCGAGAUGAUGGAAACCCUGACAGUAACCUGUGGGUGGGUCUCAUCCUGGUCAUCUCCUUCUUCUUGGUCAUCAGCGUUCUCGCCUUCCCCAACGGUCCGUUCACAAGACCCCAUCCAGCAAUAUGGCGUAUAGUGUUCGACAACAUGAGUGUGCUGUACUUCCUCUUCCUGGUUUUCAUCAUCUUCCUGAACUGGGAGCAGGUCAAGUCUCUCAUGUUCUGGCUGGAUCCCAAUCUGCGCUACGCCAAACGGGAAGCCGACAUCAUGGAGUAUGCCGUCAACUGUCAUGUGAUCACCUGGGAGCGAAUCCUCAGCCACUUCGACAUCUUCGCCUUCAGUCAUUUCUGGGGCUGGGGAAUGAAGGCUCUGCUGAUCCGCAGCUAUGGCCUGUGCUGGACCAUCAGCAUCACCUGGGAGCUGACCGAGCUGUUCUUCAUGCAUCUUCUUCCGAAUUUCGCGGAGUGCUGGUGGGAUCAGGUCAUCCUGGAUAUCCUGCUGUGUAACGGCGGAGGGAUCUGGCUGGGAAUGACCGCCUGCCGCUUCCUGGAGAUGCGCACGUAUCACUGGGCCAGCAUCAAAGACAUCCACAGCACCACGGGGAAGAUCAAGCGCGCAGCGCUGCAGUUCACUCCUGCUAGCUGGACAUACGUGCGCUGGCUCGACCCCAAGUCCUCCUUACAGAGAGUGACGGGAGUCUAUCUGUUCAUGAUCAUCUGGCAGCUGACGGAGCUGAACACGUUCUUCCUGAAGCACAUCUUCGUGUUCCCAGCAUGCCACGCGCUCAGCUGGUGCCGGAUCCUGUUCAUUGGGAUCAUCACGGCUCCUACUGUACGGCAGUAUUACGCGUAUCUGACGGACACACAGUGCAAGCGGGUCGGGACUCAGUGCUGGGUGUUUGGAGCGAUCGCUUUCCUGGAGGCCUUGGCGUGCGUUAAAUUCGGACAAGACUUGUUUUCCAAGACGCAGGUUUUGUAUGUGGUGUUGUGGCUCCUGUGUUUGGCUUUCAUCACGUUCCUGUGUCUGUAUGGGAUGGUCUGGUUCGCUGAGAACUACGGGCCCCGACAGAAGGUGCGUCAUUUACUCCCUGAUCUUUGUGCUGUAGGGGAGUUUGAGGCGGACAGCACAACUUCCUCCUCCACCAGGAAACGGAGGGACUCGGGAAAUAACAGAAGCAUCAACGGCCUGGAGAAAUAAGGCCGUCUCUGACAGGCUUUUCGACGGGAACAUUUGCUCAGGUGUCGCUCCUGUUAGCAGCAUCAGAUGACUGUGAUGAUGAUGCAAGACCCUUUGAAAAGGCAAUCCUGUGUGUCCGGUGUUUAGUUAGCGAGCUCACUUUACCUGUUGAC